AUGCUCCUUCUGCUCUUUUGCCACGGACUUCCCAAUUUCGACCUUCUGCUCGAUAAUAGACGGCAAGCUAAACGCCUCUCGACAACUCCUCUGAGAGGUGUACCUGGGUUUGGGGCAAGAGUUACUCUGGUGACCACCGCUUGUUAUUCUGGCGGCUGGGCUGUGAGCCCAGAUUUCAACUACACAGUCAUGGCUGCGACUUCAGAUGCUGUGAGUCUUAGAGCAUUGGCCGAAAUUGCGGGUCUGUUUUUGCAACCACUCUCAUACAAAGCUUGUCAAGCGCAGCAAGUCCCCUCCUGUAUUCAGAGUAGAGAACUCCUCUGUCUAGCUCCCUAG